CCGAGACAGACGACAGGAUGCAGAGCAGAACAGAGCAGAGCAGAGCGUCCAGCGGGAUUCGUUGCUCGGGAUCCGGCCGACCGCGGCAGGCUGGCGGUGGCGGAGGCCAUGCGCGGCUGCCUGCCGGAGGCCAUUGAAAUAGGCCAGAGAGAGUGAGAGAGGGACUGGUAGUGAAAUCAGAGAGCGAGCGAGCAAGCCUCCACGCCAGCUCGACCGUGCCAGAGUCCCCGCCGACGACCCCCAGCCGACGCCCUCAAGCCCGCUUAACCCGGGUCCGACCUCUCUCGGUACCUGCUUUCUGGCGUUUCCGAUGACUUACUCCGUUCUUUUUUUCCGUUCUAGUAGUGAUAGCUAUGGAUUUAGCAGUACUUGCAGCUCAUGGGCAGCAUGCGGGUCAUCCACUAGUUAGAUUUGAUGGAAUGACUCUUCUUGACGGUCUAGAAGAUAAGUUCAGCUGAAGAGGGGUUUUGGGGGGGAGAGGAGAGAGAGAGAAAGGAUGCCUCUGUAUGACUGCGCUUUUGCCGAAGCCCCGUGUGGAGAAGGAAGCUUUGAUGGAGUUGGUGGCUCGGAUAGGAAGAGACGUCUAUAUGAAAAACGGGGCCCUUACUUAGAUAAAAUCAUUAAGGACGGUCCAAUUGGGUUAUGGGAUCUAGAAGCUUGAUGGGAGAUUCUAUCGGGUGAUUCUUUCUGUUGAAGUUCGAGCCCUUUUGCUUGUUCGUUCUGCCUGUGUCUCUCUCUCUGUCUCUCUCACUUUCCAUCGACAGAUGAUGUAAGAGAAUAUGACAGAAGAUGCCGCAGAAAUGCUGGAUCUAUUAGGUUUCACGACUGGAAUGCUUAACGCGACCUUGUAUUUGGCUGGCUCUUUGCCUUAUGUUCGAAGUAGCAAGCUGCAGGAGAAAUUGAUUAUGUUGGCACAUAUGUCAGAGCAAAAUUAUCCUAGCUUAUUUGAGAAAAUCUCAUAAUGUGAUAACGUCUUCGGCUGGCUUUUUGCCUUAUGUUAGAAGUGAAAGCCAUAGGAGACAGUAAUUAUACUGGCAGAUAUGUUGGAACAAAUAUUAACUAGCUUAUGACGAUGUUCCAUACUAAAUUUGAGUUGUAGUUUUGCACUGAUGCUGUUACCAUCCUAGCUUAUUCCCGUUAAUACUUACUAUGGUCUCUUUUGAAUCUAAGUUGAUCGACGGCUACUGUAGCAAUUGAUGGAAGAUUUUAUUUUGCAAUGUUGGUCCGGCAGGAAAAUCACACUGGAGUUCACUCUACUGUUGACUUACUUUCGAACUGGCUAUUCAUUUUCAACUUUUCAUUCACUCUGGUUUUGCUUUCAAUCGAAUAACUUCGGUGAUUGACCGCCGAAGAACUCAUUGGAAACCUGAUUCGACGGCUGGUUUUUAUAAGUUUAAUCCGAUUUUAAUAUUGAUUUGUCUUGGCAGUAUAAGUUCAAUACUAUUUUACAAUACUAAAGGAAAGUCGAGUGACCAAAAUGAAAUUUAUUUAAAAUUGAGUGAGUUGCAAUGCAAAAUUAUCUACAAUGAAAGUCUAAUAAAGACACAUGCCUUCCGUGUCAAUAUUACAAUGAUACUAAGUCAAAUUUCUAAUGAGAUUUUGAACGGCUGGUCAACGGAGUGACCUUGCGGAUAACGAAACCAAAGUUAAGUGAUCCAUGUGCUGAAUUUGAAAGUUGAGUGAUCUAUUUGAAAGUUAAGUCAAAUGAUGUCUAGUGUAAUUUACCCUUGUUCUGGCUCUAAUCUGUACUGUUUGGAUGGGCUCUCUAUCUGCUAAUCUUCCUGAUGAAGCAGUGAGAUGAUAUUUGGUUGGUGGCACUUCUACCUUGUGAAGGAAACAGGAUUGCAGGGUCAGAUGAUGCAGUUGACCAUGAUGGCUAUGCCAAUGAUGAACAAAGAGCUGCAUUACUUGAAUAGGGAAGAUGGGUUAUUGCGCUGGCUUCUUGUGAUGCAUCGAGACACAAACUAUGGGCUGGAAUUUCUUACUGAAGAAGAUGAGAAGCGUGAACGGAGCAGAUUUCCUCGUAGUUCUCUAUUUGAUGAUGAGGAUGCAGAUAAAGAUGUAGAUGAUGAUGAGGAUGAUGACGACGAUGACGAAUAUGAGGUGGACCGAGAGAAAAGGAAAGAAGAAUAAAGAGCAAAUUGUCAUGCCUAAGGUUGUGAAUUUUGUUGAUUUGAUGGGUAUUCAGCUCUUGCUUCAGUGUUAACAGAUGCUUAUACUCGUGUUUAGUAUCUAUCAAAUGCAAAAUGUGAUUCAUUUUUUGUGAUUCUGCCAUCUACCUCUUGAAAUUGGC